CCCAAAGCGGCCUAGCGCCGGCGGCCCUGCGAAGGUUGAAUUUGUCUGGUUUGAACUCCGAACAACAAAGAGAGGCAAGGUCUCCCGUUGCAUUGAAUCCUUCAUAGUGUGUCUCCAUUGUGCUUUUUCUAUCGGAAUGUCUUCAUCCAUAGUAGAGCAGCUCCCAACCCGCCUGCGGAACUUCUUUGCCCGUUACCCUCCGCAAAUCUAUUCCGCGCUCGUCGCCCCACGACCAACUGCACCCGGAACAGAAGGCAAGGAAGGACAGGAACAGGCACACACACAGCCAGAAGGAAAACAGGAGCCCCUCCCAUCUCCUUAUACCCCUGACCGACAAGCAAAGGGUUAUACCCCCCCCGACCCGGCCGCAUUCUCGCCUUCAAAAGCCUUCCUCUACUCCCACCCGGAAUUCCCCAACCCAUUCCUGCCCCGCAAGAACUUCCGCAAUGGCAAAUGGUUCGGGCCUCGAUAUGGACUGAGACAGCAGGCGGACCUCGUGAAGCUGGCCAUCAAAUAUAACGUCGAACCGCUUCUGCCGCCUGGCCGCAAGUCGACCGAAUACAAGGAGAUUCGCCAGUCAGAGAGGGGAUUGCAGAUCAAGGGUACCGGUAUUGGACAGAAGGUCAAGGGUCACAAGUGGGAGAGGACGAUGGAGGCAAGACUGGAGGAGAGAAAGAAGGCAAUGUUGGAGAUGCCGGAGAUGAUUCGGUUGUGGAAGCAGAGAGGACACGGUCGUGGAUGGAAGCAGUGGCCCAGGAGGUAAAUCUGCUAUGUACAAUUUGCAUCAGCCUCCGUCUUUUUGGUUAAUUGUUGGUGUCGGAUUUCUCUCUUUUAUGGCUUCCUGGCCUCAUGGUACAGCGGAGAUCUAAAUGAAUCAUUAACGGGGUUCAGGAUGGGUUUUCUUUUUUUGUUUUCUCUUUUUCCCACAUGUAUAGUAUAACAGGGUGUUUUUCUCACAUAUGGCCCGCAUUGAGGGGUCCAAAGGGGGUACGCAAUAGUGUAAGAAAUAAUGGAAAAUUUGAAGCCAAACUCUGAAGGUAUAUUAUC